AGAAAGAAUCGGUCAUUUGGGUAGCCGAUUUGACGGAUAUAAUAUCACUCUAUUGCAAAAUGCAGACUGAUAUUCUUAAUUUUUAUAGAGAUAAAACGGUUUUCGUAACCGGAGGUACUGGAUUUUUGGGCAAAGUAAUCAUUGAGAAGCUAUUGCGCUCCACAGAUGUGAAACGUAUAUAUUUUUUGGUAAGACCCAAAAAGGACGACAAUGUGGAAGGACGAUUCAAGGCAUGGAAAAGUGAAUUGGUUUUUGAAACCCUUCUUAAGGUCAAGCGGGACGCCUUGGAUUUGGUGACACCGAUCCCAGGGGACUGCAGCGCGCCAGGGUUGGGUCUCAGCGAUGAGGAUCGAAGGAUACUAACCACCGAGGUCCAGGUGGUCAUUCACAGUGCCGCUUCUAUUCGUUUUGUAGAACCGCUCCACAAGGCUUUAAACAUUAAUACGCGUGCCACGCGCUUAAUGAUUCAGUUGGCGAAGGAAAUGCAGUGCCUAAAGGCUUUUGUGCACAUUUCCACUGCGUUCUCGAAUUGCCCAUCAAAUCAUAUCCAGGAGCGUUUCUAUCCGGAGCACCUGACAUGCCCGGCGAAUAAGGUGCUUGAGUUUAACGAGACUUUGAAACCAGAGCUGAUGGAUAAGUUUGCUCCAGCACUGAUGGGCAAAUUCCCAAACACCUACACAUAUACUAAGGCCCUUGCCGAACAGGUGAUCCAGAUGGAGGCUAAGGAUCUCCCUAUCUGCGUUUUUCGUCCUGCUAUUAUUUUAGCUAAUUUCAAGGAACCGAUGUCGGGUUGGAUUGACAACCUCCACGGAGUGGUAGCUUUGAUGUACGGCAACACCCUCGGAAUUCUUCGACUACUUUAUGUCAACCCGAAAUCCGAGGCGUUGGUAGUUCCUGGCGACUAUUGCGCUAACGUGGCCCUGGCUUCCGGAUGGAAAGUGGCCGAAUCGUCGUCUCAUCUGGCGGUACGGAAUCCGCCGCCCAUUUACACAUUUUCACCGGAAAAAUCGAAUCCAAUAACCUUUGGAAAAGCUAUAAAGAUGGGCAUUGAGAUUAACCAUAAGAUUCCGGUCACCAAAACGAUUUGGUAUCCAUUUGCUCACUUUACCACAUGGGCUUGGCUUUUUAAGUUGGGCUGUAUAUUUUAUCAUCUGCUUCCUGGUUUUAUAUUUGAUCUCCUCCUACGCCUUCAAGGUAAGAAGCCCAUCCUGAUAAAGAGCUAUCACAAGAUCCACGAAGCACUGGUGCUACUGUUCCCAUUUAACAAUAAAACAUUCCUGAUGGAUACGAAUAACACCAAAAAUAUGUGGCAGUCUAUGUCACCGGAGGAUAGAAAAAUAUUCCCCUUUGAUAUGGCAAGCCUAAACUGGGUGGAGUACUUUGACCGAAUUCUGACCGGAAUGCGGCUAUACCUCUUCAAGGAGUCUUGGGAUACCAUGGAACAGGCUAAACGGAGAUUAUUCAGACUUUACUUAUUGCAUCGCUCCCUUCAACUCGUCCUGUGUUAUGUUUUAGGCAAAUUUAUCUGGUAUAUUUACAAUCUUAUUAAUAAUCAAUAUUAUACAAAUUUAGAGAUAACUCUGGAGCCCUCGGUAACAAAGUCCCUUGCUAUAUAAUACUAGUUAACAAUUUAAUUAAGCAAUGGGCGCCUGUUUAUUAAUUUUCAUUCCGUUUUAACCUUUACAAUAAAAUAUUAAAACUA